CAUCCCUUUGAGGUCCUCCAAUCUUCUGUCUCCAAUUUUGUCCGAUCCACCUCUCAAUCCCAAUCACAAUACAAACACCACAACAUCCACCAUCCUACCUCGUAUAUCAAACAUAUACACGAAAACCUUCCAAGAUGUCAACGACAUACAUGACAAUCCAUGACCUCCUCCGCAUAACUCACACCUACGAGGCCCGCGCAUAUGAAGCCCAAGCACGCGAACGCUCCGACUCCAUGUCCUCCAUGUCUUCGGAACAAGCGUUAACUUCUCACAUGUCGUCAUCGCCAUCUUCAUCAAGCGUAGGCGGCCUGGUCGUCGCUACAGACUUCUCGGCGCUGGAGACGGACUUCACCAAGUUGUUCGCGAGAAAGAAGAGAGACAGUGUUGUCUCCAUAACUUAAAGGUCUUUCCCCUCUGUCCCUUCUCCUUAAGGGUCGGAUGAAGGGACAAAGGAAAGAGAUAUAAAGAAAUACCAGAUGAGGUGGAAGGUUCGUCCUAUCAAAUUCUGGAUGAUCGAUUUCGAUUACG